AAACGAUUUAAACUAUACUCGUAGAUACACAUAAUAUUUCUAAACUGUUCACGGUUGAGAAAAGAAUUUAUCAUAUCAUGUAAUAUAUGUCUUUUUUUAUAUAAAUCUGCUAGUAAAAUAAGUAGAUAUGUGGCUAUUAGUGAUGUUUAUUUUUGUGCCUUUAACCUUUUUCAAAUGUUUUGGUGAUUAUAAUGCUGCCGAAAAUAUAAAUGUGUUUCUUUUUGGUUUACAAAAUUUUGAAUUCGUAGAUUUGACCCAGAGUUUUGGAAAUAAUUAUUGGAAUUGCAAGAGAUAUGAAACAGAAAGAUAUUUGAAUGUUUGUAUCAAUGACUGCCAUGGUACAGAAAUAGAUGCGAAUUAUAAUAAUACAGAUAUGUUUGACAAAGAGAAAACUGUUGGAAAUAUUUCAUUGAAAAACCUCGUCGUGCCAUUGAUAAUUGCUGAUAUAAGCGAUAAAGUCAAUGGAAAUGAGAACUUUGUGCUGUACAAGGAACAUUUAGAUUACUUUUUGAACAAUUAUUUUGGUGAUAUCACUCAGCCAUGCUUAAUGGUGUUCAAGUUUGGUUGGUCAGAGUAUUUUAUCGAUCGUCGAAAAUAUUGUGGUAUACAAGAUGACAACAAGACACGGAAUUAUCCUGGUGUAAGUGAAGAAGUAGCACAAUGGAUAACAAGUUCCUACAAGAAUAUAGUCGGAGUAGGCGUGGAUCUGCCUACAUUGGACCCUGGUGGUUACAUAGAUACGUUACCGGCAACGAGAACUUUAAUAAAUGCUGGAGUAUAUGUUCUGAAAAAUGUUAAAUUGGAUAUGUACUUACCUGAGGCAUCGUGUACAGCAUUAGUGGCACCACCGAAGGUGGGUGAUGUGGGUAGUUUACCUCUCCGUCUCAUAGCUAUUUGUCCUAAAUCUCGGAUGCAGAAGCCCCAAAUCCUUUUACAUCAUCUUUAAACUAAUUAGAUAUAAGCAGGUCUACUCGUGUUAUUAUUAACUUAAAAUUGUUUAAAGUAAUUUGAAACUUUUAUAUAGUCAAGUACUGAGAUAAUUAUUUUUAUUAUAUGUACCUAUAGGUACACUAGAUAGUUUACAGAUUGUUAUAUUCAGUAUGAUUUAUUUAUAGUUAAAAAAAUACAAACCGUUUCCGACCCUGACUCACAAAUUAUUUUUCUCAAACAUGCUUGGAAAUGUGAGCAUUAUUUUGACAAUCUUCUUCGAGAUAAAUCAAAAUUGCCGUACUGGCCAGACACAUGCAGGCAGCGGCCGGCAAAAGUUGUAUCUAACUUACAUUCAUAGCCGCAGUUCUAGGAAAGUAGUUCGUAGAGUAAGGAUAAUAGAAAAUAAUUUAUGUUUAAUAUAUCAUUAAUCAUCAAUACAUAUAAUAAAAUCGUAACAAGUCGCUGUCUGUGUGCUGUAGAUGGAAUAUAAGAAAAACUAUUAUAGGAGGGCUUUAUAAAAGUAAUAGAACCCAAAACAAUGAUUUUUAGAAGUUUUGUCGGUUUGUCUGUAUGUUUGUGCAUGUUAAUUUUAGAAACGGUUUAACCGAUUUGAAUGCAGUUUUCACUAAUACGUUGCGGUUUGCCCCAAUUAUUAUUUAGUGCUUGGUUUAUUUCAAUCGGUUCAUAAAUAAAAAAGUUAUAUCAAUUUAAAGAAUCACAUAUAAAAUACUAUAAAAUAAGCGAUCAGUUAAAAUGGCUGAAACUUUAUUAAGGUAUAUAAUUAUUAUUUAAGUAACUAUAUAAUACACUAUAGGACCGGAUUCAUGAAGGGUUCCAAUGGGAAUGAUAUACGCGAACUACAUAGAAGCGGGCAACGCCUCAGGAAACGGCUAGUACAGAAAUUAAAUUAGUAUGCUAUAAUAUAUUAUUAUUAAGAUUGCUACAUUUUUUGUUCCGUUUCUUGCCCAAACUUGACAGUAGCUAGUACUGUCUUCUUUUUUGUUAUAUUUAUUGAAGGAGAAGGUUUUCUGAAAUUACUUUAACAAGAAUACCACCUUUUGUAUUUUUUUAAUGAAUUAUAUAUUUUGUAAUAUUUUUAUUAUUAGUAUUUUAUUUGGUAUAUCGGUGUAUAAUAUUAAAAGGUUUUUUACUAGUU